AUGCAAAAUAAUUUACAGAUAUCAACAAUAUUUCCUGCCGAGUCUUUAGUUUCGAACCAACACGAAGUUGAACUUAGUGGUAUUCGUAUGAAUAAUGAUAAUUAUACUAUUAAUUCGAAAAGAAGUCUCUCAUAUGGAAAAUGCAAUUGGUUUACUAAAUUUCUUAACAUGAUGCUUAAAAAGUAUAAUUGUAUCGAUGUAGAAACACGUGGUAUUGAACGUAUAUUAUCAGAAGAUCGUACCGAUUGCAAAACUAUCAAUAUAGCAAUGAUGUGGUUUGGUGCAAAUAUAAUUAUACCAAGUUUUGCUAGUGGUAUACUUGGUCCAGCACUAUUCAAACUAAGUCUCUAUGAAUCAUUUGUAACAAUCAUCUUUGGCACUUUACUUGGUAUUAUUCCAGUAGCAGCUAUAGCCUGUUUUGGUCCAGCAUCGGGCCUACGCACAAUGGUCUAUUCUCGUUACAGUUGGGGUUAUUAUGGUGCUUCGAUAAUGUCAGUUAUUAAUAUUAUUGUGUCACUUGGUUGGGCGGCUAUAAACAGUAUAACAGGUGCACAAACAUUACGUGUUGUAUUUAAUGAUUCAAUACCAAUGGUUGUUGGUAUAGUUAUUAUUUCUAUUAUAUCAAUGAUUGUCUCAUUUGUUGGUUAUAAAUGGCUUCAUAUUUAUGAACGAUAUUCAUGGAUACCAAUAUUUAUAGCAUAUUGUAUAUUAGCAGGAGUUGGUGCAAAAUAUUUUACAUCUUCUAAAAUGGUUAGAUUUUCAAAUAGUAUAGUGAAUCUUAUUCUUAGAUAUGAUCGAUUUUCGAAAAAAAAGGAACAGAAGCUUUGUUGA